AACUAAUUCACAGAACGGAAUGUUAAGUCAAAUUAAAUAGUGAGUAGGUUUAACAAAACCGUUUGUUUAAAUCAACAAAAAAAAAUAUUGUCAGAACAACUAAUUAUUUCUGUAUGACAAACAUCGUUAUUCUCUUGAUCAGAUCAAAUGGAGCUUAAAUCAACAAGCUCUAAUGUUACAGAAACAGAAGUGCGAUUGUUUUAAAAAAUGCAGCUCUUAGUGUCUAUAGCGAUGUGAACGUGAUCAGAUAUACCACGCGGCACAGCUAUUGUUCAAUAUAGUUUGUUCAGUUUGUUGUGCUCUUCAUUAUACAAUUUUAUUAAAUGCCUUCGAAUAUUUUUAUACUUAGUUUUCAAUUUCAAUUGUGAUUCAGCGACCUGCGAUUCCUGCGAAAUACGUAUCCGUCGACUGACCUGUUGGAAUCUGCUGAACACCAUACAUCAGAGGUACCUAGUACCUACGCACACUUACGUCGAAUUAGUCAUCAGACAGCAAGCAAAAUGGAACUAUUUUUGCAAUGUAAUGAUUUGGAGGGUUUGGCGCCACUACUACAAAGUGAGUUGAUUUAUAUUUAUUGUUACCCACAUAAGGAAGUGUAAUUUUUAUAAAUGUGCAAGGCAGCUUAGUUUCGUAACGGCUGAUAAUGGGAUAUCCGAUAUUGUGCAUGCAUUUUUAAAUUGGGAUCAGUGGCGUAUAGGUAUAGUCGACAGUGGAAUUAAUAAUCGAUACCCACUUAAUUAUUAGUUAUCAUUUAAUAAAGGACUUGCAGCUGUUGCGAUUUUAAGUUGUCAAUUUCUUUAAUUUCUAUUCUUUGUCUCAAAAUGCUUGUAUAAUUUAAUACGUUUCAGAACACGGUGUGGAUUUAGACACAGCAGUAAAAUUGUCUCGAGAGGAAAUAAAAGAGUUGAUACCAUACGUGGGACUAAGGUCCAGAUUUUGCAGGGCUCUGAAGUCUAUGGAGCAACCACAAUCGAGUUCAGAAUCCUCUGUAUCAUCGGUAACCCCAACAAUGAUUUUAGAUUGGAACACGAAUGACGAUGGCGAUACCACCUUAAUUGAUGACCCUCAAUCUUCAGUUCCAUCCACUUCAUCUUCUAUUCCAUCCACUUCUUCUGAUGUGCGCAUAAUAGAGGUAAUUCCGGUAGAAGAUACUGAUAUUACUACGGAGGGAUUUCAAGCAUCUACACAGUCUACACUUCCAGAAUUUGACUUAAAAACAUUGCUAGAUUGCACUCCGUUAGGAUCUACGAUAAUAGCAUAUUAUGAAAAAAACCAAAUGCUUAACAAUAGUAAAAGAUCUUUAUUAGUUGAUAUCAUAUGCAAAAAAUUUUUCAUUUUGCGCAAAAAAAUAGAGUAUGUCAUAGUGACUACAACAUUCUAACAGCUAAAAUUAUAACACUCUUUCCUAAAGAACUAUCUGGUACGUAUUACGUUCCAGCUAUUUCAAAAAAGCAUUCGGUUACUAAUAAACCAAUAGUAGCCAAAGGAAAGCUUGUCGACAAAGUUCGUAACCUUUUAAGGCUAAACAGACAAAUCAAUGCAAACAGUUCUAAAACUUUGGAAACGACCACGGAAUUAAAAUUAGACGAAUCACUAAGAAAGGUUAAAAUUUGGUUACAAACACGCAAAGAACCAUGGAAUGAAGUAGUUACGAACUGGAAAAGUACAAUGGAAUUGAGGAGGCAAUCAACCAGUAAAACAGCUUCUGAGUUUUUUAAAGAUUGGCCAAUACUGCAGGAUUCUCGCUCAACUCAGUUGAUUGAUAUAGAUUUUGAUGUGAUGUUUCCAACUAAAGGUGUUAAUAUUCACAUUCGUUGGUUCCCUUUUAUGGAAAAACUGAUUCUCUUACGAGGAAGUUCUAUGAAAGAAAGAUCAGGCUUACAGUAUUUAGAAAUACUAAAUUUAGAAGAGAAUUGUAACGAAGAUACAAAGGUAGCUCUGCAUUUGCACAUGUUACCUAAUCUAAUUCCACCAAAAGGAAGAACAAAGUUGCCCAAUAAAAAAGAUUGGAAGUUUUCCGCCGCGGAGGUUCUUGAAAGUUUAAUUCAACAUGUCAAAGGCCCUGGUGACAUCGAAGACCACAUUCAAUCAUACCAAGAUCGUAUGUACAAUUUAAAACAGACUAUCCAACCAUAUAUUUUGGUAGUAGGACCUUCUUUAAAGAAUGUUACAGCAACGUACGUAAUAGUUGAUAAAAUACGAUACAAGUGCAAUACAGUUCUUUCUGCAUUAGAUUUAAAUUUUAAAAUCUUUCAUAUUAUGAAUGUCUGUUACCCCUCUCAAUCUGAGUACCUAUGGAUACUGAUUCAGAAAUGUGUGUAUGAGGUGCACACUGCACAAGAUAAAACGAUUCCAUAUAUCUUAGACUUGAUUGAGGUAUUAAAAGACAUUAAUUAGUUUAUACAGUUACAAAAGACAAAAUAAUUGUUUAUCUAUUUAUAAGACCUGCUGUUUUUGGCGUCAUUAUGAAAUGUCAAAAGUGUAACUGCUCGUUUUCCAAUGCUAGUAUUUAUAUUAAUCAUCUAACAUAUAAGCAUAAUAUAGUAAAUUUUUCUUGUUGCUAUAGAACUUUUAGCACACGUGGUGCGUUUAAAAGGCAUUUAAAUUUAGAACAUGUUCAGAAAAAUAAUCCUAAUACCGCAACUAAUACUGCGACAAAUGUGUUACAUUCUCUAAACGCUACUGAUCCUUAUACAGUUAAUACUUCAAACUUAGAAAAUGUUGGAGAACCAUCAUACAAUUCAUCAGGAGAUCAUAAUGAACAAUUUUGUAAACUAUUUCAAUCAAACAUAGACCAAUUCGUUUCAUCUUUAUAUAGUAAACUUCAAUUAAAUUUGACUCUAAUACAAGAUAUUAUACUUCUCACUUCUGAUUUUGUUUCAUCCGCAAUAAAUAGUAUUAAAAACUGUU